AUGUGGGCGCGGACACUACACGCGAGCCGGCGGCAGCUGGGACAUUCGCACCGGACGGUCAGGUUCAGUCGGAGAUACAAUGCUCAAGCCCAAGGACCUCACACAACCUACUUUCAACAACCGCCGCCUCCCCAGCAGCCUUCACGAUCAUGGCGUAUCAUUCGCACACUGCUCUGGAGUUCGACAUGCUUUGGGCUUGGAGCAUUCGCCACAGCCUGGGCUUUCACUACGCCUCUUGAGGAGCUUCUGCGCGAGGCAGAGGAGGGUGCUUUGGAAGAUGCUUUACUAGCCGGCACGACUGACAAAUCCGCACGACAAGUGGACCCUAUGGACGUUGAUACAGCUACCGCCCUUCUCGAACUGCAAGCUGCAUAUUCUGUCUGUCCUGCAGCUGUUUCCCACACAGCUCAGCAUGGCUCGAAUCUCCCCUGUGAAGACACGUGGUCAAGUGGAUCUUAUGUUUACUUUAGCGACCAAAAGAAGGAUUGGUCAGAGUGGAGCAUCUUCGACGGCCACGCUGGACCACGCACCUCGCAUGCACUGUGCCAGUUGCUACCCGUCACUGUCGGCACUCUAUUGGAAAAUGGCAAGUGCAUGGAGAGGUCGUACGUGCCAAACGACUCCGUCAUUAUUUCCACCAUCAAGAAAGCUUUUCAGUCUGUCGACGAGACUCUUAUCGAACAGACAAGAAAGCUGAUCCGAAAUGAGAUGCCAAUGCCGAUGUUGAAUCCAUUAGCUCCCGGCAUGGCUCAGCAGCAGUCAUUCUAUCAAAUGCCUUUGGCUCAAGCGGUCUCGGCCGGUGCCCUUGCUUUCUCUGGAUCCUGCGCGCUUCUGGCACUAUUUGACCCGGUCCGGUCGAUUCUGCGCGUUGCGAACGUCGGUGACUCUCGCGCUGUACUAGGCCGAUGGGAUGCCGCAAGCAAAAAGUACAUUGCGGUGCCCAUGACUGUUGAUCAGACUGGUUUCAAUCAGGACGAGGUUGCUCGCCUUGCGCGCGAACAUCCUGGCGAAGACGUCGUGGACCCAAAGACUGGCCGAGUGCAUGGACUGGCAGUGAGUCGAGCUUUCGGAGACGCUCGCUGGAAGUGGUCAGAGGAGGAUACUAGGCUGGCGCACGAGAAGUUCUGGGGACCCAGCCCACGACCCAACGGUGUCAUUAAGACACCUCCGUAUCUCACAGCCGAACCAGAGAUCAUGGAGACAAGAAUCCAGACUGGUGACCGGCCCGAUUUUCUGAUCAUGGCCAGCGACGGCUUGUGGGACAACAUGUCAUCAGAGGUUGCCGUGGAAUGUGUGCAAGCCUGGCUAGACAAGAACAAGCCCAUGGACUUCCUGGAUGCGCAACAGCAGCCUGCGAGGACGUGGCGGGAUGUUAUCAAAGGCGAUGGUUCGGCCGAAUUUUCCACUCGAACACCCACCUACUCCAACCCCGCCGAAAUCACCGGAGAAGACGACACGUAUUACGACGAAGAAGAGAGAUGCCGCAAGUGGAAAGUUGCACCAAAGCACUUCGUGGUCGAAGACGCAAAUUGUGGGGUUCAUAUGGUGAAGAAUGCAUUGGGCGGCAAGCGGAGGGAUUUGUUCACCGGAGUGAUGAGUGUCCAACCGCCUCUGAGUCGAAACGUGAGAGACGACAUCACGGUUCAUGUCAUUUUCUUCGGACAAGACAACAAAAUUGAGAGGAAGUGA